UGGGGGACCUCUUUUCUUUGCAACAGAAGCAGCAACAAGGCGCCCGCCUGUGGGACGGGGCGCAGGACUCUGUUAUCCCCCCCCCCCCGCGCCACCCCUGCCUUUUCCAGCAGCAGGAUCCGGACCCUUAUUUAUUGCGCGAGUGGCGAUCGCUGAGAAGGAAGAGGAAGACUUUUAAAGUUUGGCGCUGGUGCCAAGAGCUCGGGAGGCUCCAUCCCGCCUCGCUUCCUCUCACUCUCUUUUAGUGGCACUGAAAUUCAGCUCUCUGGAUGAGCCGGUUCUGGGCUGCUGGCCCCCCGACGAGCGAACUCCAGACCGGCCCCCGGAGAAACUUCAGGAGUUGCUGUUGCAGCUGCUGCAGCUGCAGCCUCACUUUGAGCUGCCAUGGUCUGACUAGUAAAUGUCGCUGGAGGCCUAGAGACUUGGUGCAAAAGAGAUCUAGGCUGAACGACAGUGACGAGUUGUUGGCACUUCCUUGACUUUUCCUUUCUGUCUUUAGUACUUCAUUAUUAUUUUUUAGUUGGUGGGAUACCACCAACUCUGCGCUUCUGGCCUCUUAUUCCUACCCCCCCCCCUCCAUCCAGGAUACAAAAUGGCGCUGCCGGGAUGGGGAAAGUGGGGGUCCCUGCUCUUUUCAGAUGCCUUUUGGACCUUCUUCAUCCUUUCCCAAACGUUGAUGGGGUUCGGCUGCUGCUCGGAGCGGCAGGCCUGCGACGUGAACUGCACGUGUAGCGGUGAUCGUGUGGACUGCAGCAACCGGGGGUUGGAAGAGGUUCCCGAGGUGCUGCCUACCUGGGCAGUCUAUUUAAACCUGAGCCACAACAAGUUGACGGAGAUUGAUCCUUCUGAUUUCUCUAACCUGCCAAACCUACGGGAAGUGUAUCUGAAUAACAAUGAACUGACAGCCAUUCCAUCCCUGGGAGCAGCUUCAGCCCACAUAACUUCUCUGUACCUGAAUCGCAACAAGAUCUCCAGCAUUGAAGCAAGCCAACUGGAGCCCUAUAUUGCCCUGGGAACGUUAGAUCUGAGCUCGAAUAACAUCACGGAAAUCCGAAGUGGCUGUUUUCCAGUGGGGCUUCAUAUAAAGGAUCUGCACCUGGGGAGCAACAGAAUCAGCAUCCUGGAGACCAAGGCUUUUGAUAGCCUGUCACGAUCCCUUCUAACGCUUCGCCUGAGUAAAAACAGGAUCACCCAGCUUCCUGCUAAAGCAUUCAAGCUGCCCAUGCUAACACAACUGGAGCUGAACCGGAAUCGCAUUCGUCUGAUAGAUGGCCUGACGUUUCAAGGGCUGGACAGAUUAGAAGUUCUGAAGCUCCAGCGAAACAACAUAAGCAAGCUGACCGAUGGCGCUUUCUGGGGUCUGGCCAAAAUGCAAGUUCUGAAUCUGGAAUACAACGCCCUCACAGAGGUGAACAGCGGCUCCCUGUAUGGACUUGGGUCUCUCCAGCAUUUCCAUCUCCGUAACAACUUGAUUUCCCAUAUCAACCCGGCUGGAUGGCGCUUCUGCCAGAAGCUGAAUGAACUGUCCUUGUCGUUUAACAACCUAACCAGGCUGGAUGAGGGCAGCUUGGCAGACCUGGGGGGCCUGCAGAUACUUCAGCUGAGCCACAACUACAUCAGUCACAUUGCCGAGGGAGCGUUCAAAGGACUCAAAAGCUUGCGACUUCUGGAUCUGGACCAUAACGAGAUUUCAGGCACAAUAGAAGACAUCAGCGGGGCCUUUACAGGGCUGGGAAACUUAAGCAUGCUAACUCUGUUUGGAAACAAGAUCAAGUCUGUGGCCAAAGACGCAUUCUCAGGCUUGGAGGCCCUGGAACACCUGAACCUUGGAAAUAAUGCAAUACGUUCUGUUCAGGAGGAUGCAUUUGCUAAGUUGAAGAAUCUGAAGGAGCUCCGCAUAAACAGCGAGAGCUUCCUGUGUGAUUGUCAGCUGAAAUGGUUGCCGCAGUGGUUAACCAACAAGGAACUGCAGCCGUUUGUGGAAGCUACCUGCGCCCACCCAGAGUCAUUAAAGGGCAGAAGCAUUUUCGAUGUGGCUGCAGAAAGUUUUGUGUGUGAGGAUUUCCCCAAGCCCAAAAUUAUCGUUGAGCCGGAAACUACAAUGGCCGUUCUUGGCAAGAGCAUCCGCUUCACCUGCUCGGCAGUCAGCAGCAGUAGUUCCCCCAUGACCUUUGCCUGGAAGAAGGACAAUGAAAUUCUGCACCAUGCCGAGAUGGAGAACUUUGCCCAUGUCCGGACCAGAGAUGGUGUGGUGUGGUUCACCACCAUUCUGCACCUGCGCCAUGUCUCUUUCAACCACAAGGGGUGCUACCAGUGCAUCAUCACCAACCAUUUUGGUUCUACCUAUUCUCACAAAGCUCAGCUCACAGUGAAUGUGUUGCCGUCGUUCCUCAAAACUCCCCAUGACAUUGCAGCCCGGACAGGGACAACAGCCCGGUUGGAAUGCGCUGCCGAAGGUCACCCAACCCCAGAGAUUGCUUGGCAGAAAGAUGGAGGCACUGACUUCCCUGCAGCUCGCGAGCGCCGGAUGCACGUCAUGCCUGACGAUGAUGUCUUCUUCAUCACGGACGUGAAGAUAGAGGAUAUGGGGAUUUACAGCUGCACUGCUCAGAAUUCUGCUGGUUCUGUGUCAGCAAAUGCUACCCUGACUGUGCUAGAGACUCCGAGCUUGGUUCACCCACUGGAAGAUCGUGUUGUAUCUGUGGGCGAAACUGUGGUCCUGCAGUGCAAAGCGACAGGAAGUCCCCCUCCACGCAUUACAUGGCUGAAGGGCGAUCAUUCUCUGUUGGUCACUGAAAGGCAUCACUUUACCCCAGGCAAACAGCUGCUUAUUGUCCGGAACGUUGUGAUGGAAGAUGCCGGGAAAUACACCUGUGAGAUAUCGAACACUGUUGGGACUGAACGGGCGCACAGCCAAGUGAGCGUGCUGCCCUUGCUUGGCUGCCGAAAAGACGGCACCACCGUUGGGAUCAUCAUUAUUGCUGUGGUCUGCAGCAUUGUGUUGACGUCUCUGGUUUGGGUGUGCAUCAUCUAUCAAACCAGGAAGAAGAGCGAAGAAUACAGUGUCACAAACACAGAUGAAACCAUUGUGCCACCUGAUGUGCCAAGCUAUCUGUCUUCCCAAGGGACACUUUCAGAACGGCAAGAAGCGGUGGCCAGGGUGGAAAAUGGCCAGCAGCCCAAUGGACACAUACAGAGCAAUGGGGUUUGCCAGACCGAUGCAGCACGAGAUGCAGAAGUCGAUGCUCACCCUGUUUACCGGCAGCCAAAGCUCUGCUUAGGUUACAGUAAAGAAGUUUGGAAAGGAGAUGAUAUAGCUGACAGGGCACUCGUUGUAGAUAAGACAGGCUACAGCUUGCCAGUGGUGUGUACUGAUUGCAGUGGGAGCACUGACGGCAUGAGCGUCACAAUUUACCCCAAGGAUCCAGACUAUGGCCCUCUGCCUACAGAGACUGUGCCUCCAAAUGCUUCCAAAAGCAAAGAGUCCAGCAGGCAGGACAGCAUACCUGCUGCUAACCGCCAAGGUCCUCUAAAGUGCAACGGGAGCGCAAGCAGCAGAAAAUCAGAUGGCAGCAGUACCAUCUACCCCAGUAAUCACGACAGGAUGCCAGCUGCUAGCCCAGGCACACUGCCUCAGCUGGACAGCAAAGGUUCUUCACAGCCUUUAGCGAAAUCUUUGGAACCUUGUGGCUUUCUACUGCCUUCUGAAGGCUCACUGAGGCAUCUGAAAGGAACUGCUGAACUAUCGUUAUCAGAGAGUGAAGCCAAGCAGGCGCUUCUCUCCAACGGACACUUGCCAAGGUCACGCGACUCCCUUCAUGAAUUGAGCCACUGAAAAGAUUGCAACAGACUGAGGAAAAACUGCUAUGUGCAAAUUAAAAUGGAGCA